GAUGAGUGUGCUACCCUCUUGCCACAUGAAGCCAGAUGGUUGCGAUCUGAUCGGCGGCCGAAGUGGAAAUAAUUUCCAUCUUUUCUAUUCUUAAUUAAAUUAAAAAAUCGUCACAACAGCUUGACAUUAUCCAUCGAACUUACCCUCCUUCACACUUUCCUGCACUUCCCUCUUGCUCUCUCCCUCGCGGGGAAUGGAGUUCCACAAGAGAAUCGCGGCUAAUACCGUUUCAAUCUCAUUUAUUCUUCUACUACUUCUAUGCGAUUCAUCGCUGGCCUUCUACCUUCCAGGAGUCUCGCCUCGCGAUUUUCAGAACGGUGAUGAAUUACAAGUAAAAGUAAAUAAGCUUUCCUCUACGAAGACACAACUUCCAUAUGUCUACUAUUUCUUAGAUUAUUGUAAACCCUCCAAGAUCAGGAAUAGUGCAGAGAAUCUCGGGGAGGUUCUUCGUGGGGAUCGCAUUGAGAAUUCUGUUUAUUUAUUUAAAAUGAGGAAGGAUGAGACUUGCAAAGUUGCAUGUCGUGUAAAGCUUAGCCAAAAGGCUGCAAAGAGAUUCAAAGAAAAGAUUGAUGACGAAUAUCGAGUUAAUAUGAUUUUGGAUAAUCUUCCUGCUGCAGUUCCUAGGCAAAGGAAAGAUGGAAAUCAUGAUCUCACUUAUGAGCAUGGUUUCCGUGUGGGUAUAAAGAGUAAAAAUAAGAAAUAUUAUAUCAAUAACCACUUGAACUUUAAAGUCAUGUACCAUAAAGAUUUAGAUGCUGAUGAAGGACGUAUUGUUGGCUUUGAGGUCAUUCCAAGCAGUGUAAAACAUGAGUACACUGAAUGGGAUGAUAUGAACACUAAAUUGACGACUUGCAACACUAAUUUAAAAAUAAUUCCCGGUAGCCAGACUCCUCAGGAAAUCGCUCCAGAUACAUUCAUUGUGUUCACUUAUGACGUUACCUUCGAGCCAAGUGAUAUCAAAUGGGCUUCUCGUUGGGACACCUACCUUCUCAUGAGUGAUGAUCACAUUCAUUGGUUUUCAAUUAUUAACUCUCUCAUGAUUGUACUCUUUCUCUCGGCGAUGGUCGCCAUGAUUAUGAUGAGAACUCUUUACAGAGAUAUUGCUAACUACAAUCAACUAGAUCCUCACGACGAAGCCCAGGAAGAAUCUGGUUGGAAACUAAUCCAUGGUGAUGUUUUUAGGCCACCAGCCAACUAUAGUCUUCUUUGUGUUUAUGUUGGAACCGGGGUACAGUUCUUAGGGAUGACUGUAGUUACUUUGAUAUUUGCUUUACUGGGUUUUCUGUCCCCAUCUAACCGCGGUGGGCUGAUGACUGCAAUGGUCAUCCUAUGGGUUUUAAUGGGUCUAUUUGCCGGAUACUCUUCCGCUCGUCUAUACAAAAUGUUCAAAGGUAUAGAAUGGAAGAAAAACACCGUAAAUACAGCCUUGGUUUUCCCUGCCAUUGUGUUCUUCGUUUUCUUUGUUCUGAAUGCUUUGAUUUGGGGGGAGAAGUCUUCUGGUGCGGUUCCUUUUGGCACCAUGUUUGCUUUGGUUUUCUUAUGGUUUGGAAUAUCGGUGCCCUUAGUUUUUGUUGGAAGCUAUAUUGGAUUCAUGAAGCCAGCCAUUGAAGACCCAGUAAAAACUAACAAAAUCUCCAGGCAGGUACCUGAGCAGGCUUGGUACAUGCAGUCUGUUUUCGUGAUCUUGGUCGGCGGAAUUCUUCCAUUUGGCGCAGUUUUCAUUGAGCUGUUCUUCAUCCUGACAUCAAUAUGGCUGAACCAGUUCUACUACAUCUUUGGUUUCCUGUUCAUUGUCUUCAUGAUUCUUCUCAUAACAUGCGCUGAGAUCACGAUUGUGCUUUGCUACUUCCAGUUGUGCGGUGAAGAUCACAGGUGGUGGUGGAGGGCUUAUCUAACUGCCGGAUCUUCGGCAAUCUACAUUUUCUUAUAUGCAGCGUAUUAUUUCUUCACCAAGCUAGAGAUAACUAAGGUUGUAUCUGCUGUUCUUUACUUUGGCUAUAUGUUGAUUGUGUCCUAUGCCUUUUUUGUGCUGACUGGCACAAUUGGAUUCUAUUCCUGCUUAUGGUUUGUCAGGAGGAUCUAUUCUUCUCUGAAAAUAGAUUGAUGAGAAUUUAAUCUCAGAGGAGGCUGAGGGAUCCAAUGUUAGGAUUGAUAGAUGAAGUUCCUAGGUAGUUUUGAAUGCUUGAGACGAAAUUUAUGGUUUAUUUUUUCAUUCUUUCAUUUUUUGCUAGAGCUAUAAAUGCCAUGCUUUUCUUUGGAACCUAGACCAUGGAUUAUUGUCUCUACUUUGAGGGUUGAAACCA